AUGCCUCAAAGCAAACGAUACAUGCCAUAUGGACGACCCACGGCUCCAAAGGGCAGUCCCCAAGAGACACACCUCAAAGGUGGAUCUCGCAAACCUCAAGGUGGCAUUGUUGGUCCAGGUUCUCGAGCAUCUGGAAGUCAAGAUCGCCUGACUCCCCAAGCUUCUAAACUUCAAUCUCACCUUGCGGUGCAAGCUUCAAAAAACAAACAAGUACCAACCAAAAUGCCCCUGAGUGGUUUGAAGAACAGCAAGACCAAACGACUUCCCAGGAAGGACGCCAAAGACAAUCAGCGAGACUCCUUCCAAAAUACAAUCGACCAGCAAGAUAUUGAUAUGUUCAACGGUUGCAAUGGUGGUUUGUCAAAUGGUAGUAACCACAACUCACACGGAAAUCAGCAAGACAACAAUGAUCCUCAAAAUGAUGAACAUAGCCCCAGUACCAUACUCAAUAAAGGAAAAGGUAGAGUUACCAACCAAAUGCAAUCAAAUUCACCUGAAGCAGAUGGAGAUGUUGUUUCUUUAACUUCUCACAUGACAGGCCUAAAACUACAAGAUGAAGAAUUGGAAAGAAACAAGGAAAGAAAAGAAGAGGAAGAAGAAGAGGAGGAAGAAGAGGAAGAAGAAGAAGAAGGAUUAGAUGAAGAAGAAGGAUUAGAUGAAGAUGAAGGAUUAGAUGAAGAUGAAGGAUUAGAAGAAGAUGAAGGAUCAGAAGAAGAUGAAGAGAACGAGUGA